GUUAGCACAGCUGACUCUAAACGGAUCUAAGUAUUUGAAUGUAUUUGAAUCUCUUAUCGAAUCGUAAUCCAUAGCAAAUUAAAUUAAAUAAUUUUUCAAAAUUUAUGAUAUUAAAAUGUUUCAGAUAAAUAUUAUAAUAUAAAACUUUAGUUGAUUCAGAUUCAAAUUCCUAAAAUUCUAUCCCUAAUCACCCGCCAUCCUCUCCAGGUUGUUUAUCAGGAGUAGUACUCAUAUUUAAAGAACCAAAAAGCGGAGAAACAAAAAAAAAGAGAGCAAGUGCGAAAGAGAGAGGGAGGGAGGUAGGGAGGGAGGAAGAGUUUCAAUACUUGUUACGUUUGCUAGAGUCGUUGCCUUCACCGGAAAAAAUUCCUCCAAAGAGUCCAACUAUGGAAGGAACAAAUUCGGAAGCCAAGUUCUCUGUUACGUCCAUUCAUCAAUCGGUUUUCAAAACCCAUUCAAAUCCCCAAGCCUUCUCUGCUGCUUCUCCUUCGUCUGCUUCCACUUCUUCCUCUUCAUCAUUUGGCCAUUGCAAUUCAAGACUACCCUCUCAAAGCCUCGCCUAUGUUAAUUCUCCGGCAGAUGGAAUAACCGCGUCUGCUUCUGUUGAUGUUUCAGAUAGAGACCUAUUCAAGGCCAGCAACAGAAGUAAAGCCCUUGAUAUUCCUUUUCUUGAUUCUUUUCCACCUGGUUAUCGUUUUUCCCCUUUUGACGAAGAGCUCAUCGUUCAUUACUUGGACAACAAGGUUGCCAAUCGCCCUUUGCCAAAAAACAAGAUCAUGGAGGUUGAUCUUUACAGCUAUAAUCCCGAAGAUCUUGCAGUGGAGUAUCGGCACUGCGGGGAGAAAGAAUGGUACUUUUUUACACCGAGGGACAAGAAGUAUCCAAACGGAAGCAGACCACGUCGAGCAGCCCGUAAUGGAUUCUGGAAAGCAACCGGAGCUGAUAAAUGUAUCAAGCAUGGAAACAAGGUGGUUGGAUAUAGGAAGGCACUUGUUUUCUACACGAGAACGAUCCAUGAGAGUAAAAAAACGAACUGGAUCAUGCAUGAAUAUAGGGUCAGCAAUGCACCUCCACGAACCAAAACGAGUGCCAAUGACAUGAGGUUGGACGACUGGGUUCUGUGCAGAAUAUACAAGAAAGAAGGCAAAGGCAAUACCAAAAAUCGACAGUCUAAUGAAGAACAAUCUCCACAACAGUUAGAUGCUGCUGCUGCCAAUGUUGCUAUGGGAGUUGAAAAUGAAAGCGAAGCUCCAGGCUACACAAACACUCUCGGUGAGUAUCAGCAACAUGUUCCAAUGCAAAUGCAAGAGUUUCCACCUUCAUUUUCACACGUUCCUCCUCUUGACAAUAACCUCGCAAUGAACAACUAUGGUGGUCAUAACCAAGCAAUGUUCGGAGCUCUCAAUUAUCAACAGGGAAGUUUUGUUGAACCCAAGUAUGUAUCUUAUGGGGCUUAUAAUAUUUACGGUGCUGAUAUGGCACCACCAAUGCUAGAGCCCAUUCAGAUGGUUCCUGCAAAUCAGAACGUGUUCACCUCUAGAUAUUUGAAUGAGAAUGGUUGUGAGUUGAAGGCAAGGUCAUCAGAGGAUCAGUAUGAGUGUUGUUAUUUAAAUUAUGAGGAGAAUGCUGAUGACGCAAUGGGUACGCAGGUACCUCCUCCGCCAUAG